AUGGGCUAUGGGAUGAAGUUCCUGCCGGAAUCUCUGUAUACAAAUGAAUCACUGGCAAUCCUAUCUGGGGGUUUUCAUGUUUCCGACAACAUCGAAUCGGGCAAUGCAAAGACUAGUAGAUUGUGUAUUGAUACCCCUACCUCUUCGCUGUGUCACAUACAAAAGGCUCACUCUACAUUCCAGCCUUCUCUCGUUCAGGGCUCUCUUCUCUCAAACCUAUCCUCUCAUCGAACCACCCCUACUCCACUCACAUUCAGAUACUGUGCCGGUUCACCUCCAUUCAGGAUGUUUCACUUCAAGAACAUCAUCGUUCUCUUGUGCUUGUCCUGUCUCUUCUUCAAGGCUAGCCUGGCCACUUCUUCUGCCAACCCUACCGAAGUUGCCAAUGUCGAUGAUGUAGUUGCUGGGAAUACUGGCACUGCAGCCGUCAAUAACCCUAACGAGGCCUUCGACGAUGUUGACGGUAAUGGCAUGUCCAUGGCUACCACAGAUGUCGAGGAAGAGUUGAACUCUGUAAACACCAUCCUAUUUGGCUGGUGGGAUCAAUGCUAA